CAAUCUGUUGAAUUAAACUAUGCAAAAGCAAUUUACAAACCCAGUCAGUGUUAUGAAUAUGGCCACGGUACUCGGAAAGAAGAAAGUAAAGCAUUUGAACAAUAUCAAAAAGCAGCAAAUUUAGGUCAUAAAUUUGUUGUUAUCAUACACGUUAUGAAUUUGGCAUUGGAACAGAUGUUUUCAAUAUUAAGAGACAAGAAAUCUUCUGUUUCUUCAACCUCAAAUUCUUUAUCUCAAACCGCAAGUCCAUGUCCAAUUUCUGCGGAUGAAGAGGCUUUCUUAGAAUGCAUCGAGGUUAUCGAAUCCAACUUAGGAGAUACUAAUAUUAUCAAUAAAGCUAGCGAUAAAGAAAAAAAAUGGUGGACCGAUGGGAAUUAUAAGGUUAUCGAUGAAAAAAGACUACCUCUGUGCCUAGUAGAAAAUGUAACAUACCAUGAUUAUGAGAAAAAGAGUGAAAUUGCAAAUGCAGGCAGAUUUUGGGAGUUUGAUGACGGCGUUGUUAUCAUAUAUGAGUUACCAAAUCGUGAUCAUGAAGCCGCACACGGAGAAUUCACAUUUCAAUUUAUGUCUGCUUUUAACAAUCUGUUAUUUCAAGAUCGCGUUUCUAGUAUUGGAGCAACGACUUGUCUUAAUUCGGGACGAAGUUCUGCCAAACAACCUGAUGCUUCAUUUGUGCCCAAUUGCUUACCUAGGCCAUCCCUUUAUCCAAGUGAUGCUCAGUGCUAUAAGUUUUGUCGUCGUGCAAACCUUCAAGUAAAUGAAACACAAGGAAAGUUCCGACCAGUUCAAACGCUCGAAUUUGGGACUAUCGAUAAAUUUAAAAGACCGUAUAAUGGUUGCUCAGCUCUGAGAAUGUGUACUGUGACAAUCGCACCGGCAUGUGUUUACAAAGGCUGUACACCACCAUAUCUGCUUACGGGGAAUGUGAUUAUUGAUUUAUUUAGUAUUCAGCAAGCAGUUUUUAGUUGUCAAGGGCAGUAA